AAAAGUCCAAAAGCAAGGGGUAACUAAAAAUUCACUGUUCAUAAUAUUUAGUUCACAUAUAACUCCAAAUCUUCAAAACCAAAUCACUCUCUCUCUCUCAAGAUGGGAACCUCAAUCUUAGACGCGCUGAAUGUGCGCGUAGAAGGUUCCGGCGACAAGUACCUUGUCUUGGCCCACGGUUUCGGCACCGACCAAUCCGCCUGGCAGCGCGUCCUCCCUUACUUCACCCGCCGCUACAGCGUCAUCCUCUACGACCUCGUGUGCGCCGGCAGCGUCAACCCUGACUACUUCGAUUACCGCCGUUACACCUCCCUUGACGCCUACGUCGAUGACCUCAUCGGAAUCCUUGACGCUCUCCGCGUUACUCGCUGUGCCUAUGUUGGUCACUCCAUCUCCGCCAUGAUCGGAAUGCUUGCUUCCAUCCGCCGCCCCGAACUCUUCUCCAAGCUCAUCCUCAUCGGCGCCUCCCCUCGGUUCUUGAACGACAAGGAUUACCAUGGAGGAUUUGAGCAAGGUGAAAUUGAGCAGGUGUUUUCGGCAAUGGAGGCCAACUACGAGGCGUGGGUGUGUGGUUUCGCGCCGCUGGCAGUGGGGGCGGAUGUGCCGGAGGCAGUUAGGGAAUUUUCUAGAACACUCUUCAACAUGAGGCCGGACAUAACGCUUUUUGUAUCGAGGACGGUGUUCAACAGCGACCUUCGGGGUAUCCUAGGUUUGGUGAAGGUCCCCUGUUGCAUCAUGCAGACGGCGAGGGACCACUCGGUUCCGGCGACGGUGGCCACGUACAUGGAGGAGCACCUUGGUGGACCUAGCAUGGUGGUUUGGCUCGACACCGAGGGGCACCUCCCUCACCUAAGUGCUCCUUCCUACCUUGCUCGACAGCUGGAUAUAGCUCUCAAUUCUCCUUAGCGGCGGCGCGUGAAGUACAAGUACGAGCAUGAAGGUUGUUGGUUUAGUUUUGAUUUAAUUUAAUUUAAUUUUACGUUAGGCAGAAAAAGAAGAAAGGACAAGAGGUUUGGGUGUGGACACGUGGCAAAUAACGUAUGGAUCUUUGUUAGGGAAGGUCUUAUUGUGUGGGAUUAAUUAACGGUGAAAAUUACGUGUAGUUCUGUUAAUAUACCGUUAUUGUAAAAAAUAUAGUGGACUAAAAUAUUAUUUAACAAUUUUUAAUUACAUGAAGAAAAUAAAUUUAGACCAUGAUUGAUAAAAUA